AUGGCGCCAUCAAAAUCUGUCACGGAAGUUCCGCGCUCCAUUCUCCCUCGCCUCACCUGGAACGGCUCCUCCGCCUGGAUUACGGUCGCUCCAUCUCAGAGCCAUGCUCUAUCGAUACGCCUCCCUCAUAGCCAAAAGCGCGUACAGGGCGUGAGUGCCGUAGGGGAACAGCUGCGCUCCCUGACAUUUUCUCCCCACUCAUACCGCUUCUUCUCUUCAACAUCUCGAGAUCUUGGUUCAACGUCAGCCAUUACAAGACGAUGGUACAUCUCGAAGAGCACGUCGGACAACCGUCCAACCCUCGAGGGACCGAACAAUCCUAUUCGAUAUAAUGGCGUUUAUGUUGCUUCUUUUAAACCAGCGCAGCGUGCGUUCCAUGCCUCAGCGCCUCGGCAGCGGGAGCAUCAUUUCGACACUCUGAGAUUCGUACAACGGCUCAAGGAGGAAGGGUUCAGCGAAGAGCAAGCUGUCGCGAUGAUGAGGGUUUUGAACGAUGUCAUUCAGGAGUCGAUACAAAAUCUGACAAGGACAAUGGUUCUCCGGGAAGAUACCGAACGUUCGGCAUAUACACAAAAAGUGGAUUUUGCCAAAUUGCGGUCCGAGCUACUUAAUGCAGAUUCUACCGAAGCCCAGUUAACUCGCUCAUCGCAUGAGAAAAUCGCCGCGGAUCUUGCGAAACUCAACUCACGCUUACGGGAUGAGAUUGGUCGCACGCAGGCCUCGGUUCGUUUAGAUCUGAACCUCGAGAAAGGGCGUAUCCGAGAAGAAGCGAACAGCCAGGAAAUGCGAAUCAAGGAGACUGAAACUCGAAUUGAGCAGGAAGUUGCAGGACUGCGAGAACGUGUUGAGGCUGUGAAGUUCUCCACUCUUCAAUGGCUGAUGGGUGUGUGCACUGGUACAGCGGCUCUUAUUCUUGGUGCCUGGCGCUUGUUUAUGUGA